UCACCGAGAUGGCAGCUUUGUCCGGGACGAGUCGAGAGAUAUAGUUGAAAGAGCUACAACUCUUAUUUCAGAGCGUGUCGGGGAGUCAUCAUCAUCCGAUGCGGCCAGUCGCGUCGAGGCUCAGGUCUAUACCGAAUUAAUGGGCCCAGAAUGUUAUGGUCGAGUGAGGGGUUAUAGUGUUGGAGUUACCCCCACUCAGUUGUCUGCAGUGAGCCGAUAUACCCAAGAUGCUAGACAAGGUAGUAGCACUGCAGAGGUUUGUAGUCUGAAGGCAGAGAUGGCACAGAUAAAGCAGUCAUAUGAGGCAAGGAUAGAGGAGAUGAGUCAGAGUCAUAGGACCGAUAUGGAGGAGUUGAAGCAGCGCCAAGAGUUGAAGAUACAAUCUUUGCAAGAUCAGCUUGACCAUAUUUCAUCCUUUUUGCAGAGAUUUGCUCCUCCGGUCACUUGACAGCUAGGAGUGAUGUCUACAGCUUCGGGGUUGUCCUUCUUGAGCUCUUAACAGGACGCCGGUCUAUGGACAAGACUCGCCCGAGCAAGGAGCAGAGCUUGGUUGACUGGGCUCGCCCCAAGCUUAAUGACAAUACUGUAGAGAUGAUGAUGCCGACCCUUGAUACAUAUUGUAGAUUGUGUA